AUGAAGCUUGCCAGCGUUUUAACAUUCUAUGCUACGGUAAGCACCGCUUUUCUUUUACCGGAAAGAUAUUUUGAUAUUGGGGUUAACAAGAUAAGAUCGUUAAAAGUGGGUGAGUUAAACUUCCUACAUACCACAGAUACCCAUGGUUGGCUGGGCUCACAUUUAGUACAACCAGAUUUUGAUGCAGAUUGGGGUGAUUUUAUUUCCUUCGUUGAUCUCUUUAAGAAGAAUAGGCUUACAAAUAAACAAGACUUACUUGUUAUUGAUACGGGUGAUAAACGUGAUGGUAACGGAUUAAGUGAUGCUACAUCUCCGAGUGGCAUUGCAACGACUGCAUUGUUUAAUGAACAGGAUUAUGACUUGUUAACUUUAGGUAACCAUGAGUUAUAUAAUCCAGCAAAUACUGAAGUUGAAUAUUAUUCAACGGCUAUGUCUCACAAAUUUAAGAACAAAUAUGUGUGUAGCAACGUUGAUUUUGUUAAGGAGGAUGGAACAAUUGUUCCCUUUGGAAAUAAGUACCUAUAUCUAGAGACUCCUAAGAACAAAAUCAGAAUUCUAACCUUAUCCUUCAUUUUCCAUUUUCAAAAAGCAAAUCAGAGAGCUAGAGUUACAUCACCAAUCGAAGAAAUUAUGACUAGGGAUUGGUUUAAGGAAAUGUUAGAGAGGCAUCCUGAGAAUGAAUUAGAUAUGCUACUUAUCUUUGGUCAUGUUCCAAUUACUGAUCACGAAAAUCAUGAAUUGGAACAAGUUCAUGAAUACCUCCGGAAAUUCUACCCCAAUAUUAUCAUCCAAUAUUUUGGAGGGCAUUCACAUAUUCGAGAUUUCGUUAUCUUAGAUGAUAAAUCUUCUUGUUUACAAAGUGGCAGAUAUUCUGAAACUGUUGGGUUUUUGUCCAUUGAUAAUGUUAAGUCAGAGAAGCCAUCAUUUUUUAGAAGAUAUAUCAAUUUUAGCAAGAGAUCAUUCAAAUUCCAUUCGCACGCUAAGUCACUGGAUACCCACAAAGGAAAACAUGUCUCAUCAAAAGUAGAAUGUUUACGGAAAAGUUUGGGUUUAAACAAAGUUAUCGGUUUUGUAUCAAAGACAUAUUAUAUGGCAGCACGACAGAUAGACUCAGAGGAAAAUGUAUAUCACAUGCUUGUCAAUAAAGUUUUGCCAAGAUUAAAGCCAGAUAUUGACAUUUCCUCUGUAAGCCGUUUCAUUACCAUAAACACAGGUGCUGUUAGAUACGAUCUUUUCAAAGGUCCAUUCACUAAAGAUAGCGAAUAUAUUGUUUUACCCUUCCCAAACAAAUGGUUGUAUCUGGAGGUUCCAUUAUAUCUUGCUAUGCAAGUAGAAGAAUAUUUGAAUCAUAGACCUUCAAUAGCAUCACUAGGACCUCCUCAAUCAUUUGCGCUUUCCAGACCUGACUCUUGCCCACUCGUUAAUGAUCCCUCCUUAAGUGAAGGGUACGUAACAAGAGACGAUUUCGGUUGUAACGGUGAUGAUACUCCACGUAAUUCUCAGAACACAUAUAAGAUACCAAGUGUGGUUCAAUUGAGAGAAAUAUUGCCUUCAACACAACCAAAUGAUAACGUUCAUUUUAUUUUCUAUAGUUUUGUUCAAUCUGACAUUAUUCAGGCAUUAAAUUCUUUACUUAUUGAGAAUAAUAUCACAGAUAAGGCAUAUGAUGCCACAGAUUGCAAAGCUUACGGUGGGAAAUCAACGCAGGAAUUAUUGAGAGACUACAUUCAUGAAAGUACUGAAGGUUAUCUUACCUAG